UUUUUCAUUCCCAAAGUCAUCAAAGUCAAUUACUUGUACCAACACAGAAAGGCAGGAAAUAGCUUAUACGUUCGGUAACAUUUUCGGAACUCAAAGUAAUGUACUCCAAGAAUAAAUCGAAAGUGCUGCAGACGCUGGAGGAGUCAGUGCCGCCGCUCAACCAUGAGGAAGCCAUUGAAAUGAUAGCUCAAAUGGUGCGACAGCCAGAAAGCAAUCCCAUUGAGGUCGGUCUGCGUCUGGGCAAGAUUGACAAGGACCACAGCAUUAUGCAUAUGGAGAGUCAAAUGAAACUUCACGCUGCCAUGGAACAUUUCGAUGCCACGCCGGAACAACUGGACAGUGUUUUCCCAGUCAAUGAUAAGGAAUUGAGCGAAUUGGUUGAGACAUCAACAUCAUUGAUGGACGAUGACGAUGACGAUGAUGCUGAGUAUGAAGAUGAUGAUGAUGAAGAGGACGAGGAUGAUGAGGAUGCUAUUGAUGAUGAUGUUGAUGAUAAUGAUGAUAAAGUUGGUGGCAUCAAUGAAGGCGAUGAUGACACCCUCGAGCGUUACAAUGUGAAUCAUAAAACACAUUGAGCACAUUCGAAUGAGUACAAAGAAUGUUUUUGAAAUGAGUAUUAGUUAUUCACCUCCAAAAGGAUUCAAUUUAUUUAUUAAUUUUUUGUAUUUGAGAAUAGUU